ACCCUGUGUCGCUCCGACUCUGGCUCGACAAUAAGACCGAAAGAUUAGGGUUUUAAGUACUCGAUCUCCGGAAAAACAGAGAGAAAACAAUGGCGUCUAGGGUUUCGCUUAAGAGCAAAGGCAAGAGCAGCGGCGGAAAGGGAUCAAAGAGCAUGGAUGAGAAAUCAACCGCGGAGAACUUGAAGGAGUGGAGCAAUUGGGCCUUGAAGAAGGCUAAAGUCAUCACACACUAUGGAUUCAUUCCUCUAGUCAUCAUCAUUGGCAUGAACUCCGAGCCUAAGCCUCAGCUCUACCAGCUCCUAACUCCAGUCUGAUUCAAUAGCUUGCAUACCACAUCGUGGUGGUUUGCCUUCUUUUUUUGGGUCGAUGCCUAUUUGUCGAAUCUAGGUCGAUCGACUGAGGUCUUUUAUUUGGUUUAGAUGUGUGAAAUUUAUGCAUUUUAUUUAAGUUUAUGGAUGAAUUAAUUAGUAUAAUAUCUGAAGAUGUUCUUAUC